CGUCUCCUCCGCAAACCCCUAGCCCCCCCUUCUCUCUCUCUGUCUGUCUUCUCUCUAUAGAUGGGUAGCAGGAAACUGGUUCGUGAUUUCCUCCUGUCGCAGCAAACCCUAUUCCUACGUAGGCACUCGAGCCAGGCCCCCCAUCGUUUUAUAGAGGGCGUGCGCCGGUUUAGUGUCUUCAAUGAGUUCUCCAAGAAAGUGAAAGGAGAAGCCAAGAGUAAUCAGGACUUCCAAGAGUCACUCAAGGAAUUGAAAGAAAAAGCAAAUGAACUCAAAGGUGUGAGAGAAGAUGUGAAAGCUAGAACGAAGCAGACGGCGGAGCAGCUGUACAAACACGUGGAUGGUGCUUGGACGGAAGCUGAAGCUACAGCAAAGAAGGUUUCUACAAAUGUGAAAGAGAAGAUCUCGGCUGCUAAGGAAGAGGUCAAAGAAACAUUUGGAUUUGGAAAAGCAGAUGCGAAAACAAGUACUCCAAGUGAAUCCAGUGCUAGCAUGAACAAUAAUGACAGUGGUGCAUUUGGGGAUGGGAAAGGCUCCUCUGAGGCCAGUAGUAGUCAAGGACCAACCAGUGCGUCAGAUACAUUCUUUCAUAGGUUCAAGUCAAAUGUUUCAUCUGCACCACCAAAAAUUAGAGCUGCUUUUGAAAAACUAAAGGAUAAUAAGGUUGUGGACUUGGCCAAGAAGGGUUAUGACAUCGUAAAAGAUGAGCUGAAUGGUAACACAAGCAAAAGAAAAUGGAUGCAACAUGCAGCUGCUUCGUCAUCUAAUGUGGAGAGGAGUGAUGCGACUGACAUUGUUGUUGUACCUGUGAAGCAAUCUCGUUGGAGCCAAAAAUGGGAGGAAUUCAAGAAUAAGGUGCAAAAACAUCCUGUUUUUAAGCGAGUUAGUGGGUACAGUGAACCUGUAGUAACAAAGAGCCAAGAGAUUGCAGAGGAUGUGAUGGAACGGUGGGAGACUAGUGACAAUCCUGUUGUACACAAGAUACAGGAUCUGAAUGAAACUGUAUUUGGUGAAACUGCUGCUGCUCUUUCUUUUAAGGAAAUUAAGCGCCGUGAUCCAACAUUUUCAUUGCCAGAUUUUGUGGCUGAAGUUCAGGAAAUGGUCAGGCCUACUCUUCAAGCUUAUCUCAAAGGUGACGUGGAAGCUUUAAAGAAAACUUGUGCUCCUGAAGUGAUUGAACGGUGCAAAGCGGAGCGUAUGGCAUAUGAAAGUCAAGGAAUAUUCUUUGAUAACAAGAUUCUACAUAUAUCAGAAGUGGAAGUCAGGGAAACUAAACUUAUGGGCACAACACCAAUAAUCGUAUUAGCAUUCCAAACACAGCAAAUAUAUUGUGUUCGUGAUAAGCAUGGUGCCAUUACGGAAGGUGGCAAGGAUACCAUACACACCGUAUAUUAUGCAUGGGCAAUGCAGCAGGUUGAUGCCGAGGAGCUUGGUGAAAAUGUCUUCUACCCUGUGUGGAGAUUAAGAGAGAUGCAACAACUGGGUAUUCAAGCCCUCAUAUAGGAUUUGUAAACAAUUACCGAAGUAUAUACCAUGCAGUUCUGCAAAGAGUAGUUUUGUUUUACUUUUUUUUUCCUUUCUCCUUUUUUCUUUCGAGGAAAUAAAUUUAUAUUUUCAGAUAGAGAGAGUAUUUGCUUUUAUGUGGCGCUACUUAAUUUUUACCUCCUUUGAAGGGCAUCUUAUUUACGGGUGCACCAUCCCGCGCCAAAUUUUUUGUGGAACAGUAGCAAUUGGUUUUAUAACAGAUGCCCGAAGUGAUUGUAUCAA